AUGGCCCUGGAAAACACCCUGGACUUGGAACGGUCGAUCGAGGCCAUCUCAAUAGCAAACUCUCAGGCCCAGUCGUCCAAGGGCCCGCUCUCAGACCCAUACCAGUACUCCAACCCGGCCUACUUCUCCACCUCCGGAUACAGCACCGCCUCCAACGCCUCCUACAACAACUCCACCGCCGACCUCCUCCAACAGGCUCAGGAACACCAGGACAGUGGCGCCCGUCCUGUAGGGAUUCACUCCCUGAAACCAUCCCUCCUGCGCUACAUCUUUGGCUACUUGGCUGUCCAGCACUAUGACUAUCUAAACCAUCGGACCCACACCAUCUACAACAACCUCGGACCAGUCUCGCUCGUCUGCAAAACUUGGAACGCCAUCGCGUCACCCCUUCUCUGGCAGGAACGCACCUUCCAUGGAUGGAAAGCCGGCGAGGAGCUCAACGUCUUCCUUCAGCAGACCGAGAACGCCGACUUUUCGUCGACCCACGAGUACGGCGAGUUUGUCCGGCGGAUCGAGAUUAUCGACUCGCACGACGUAGUCGACAAGCAGAACGGCCAGUUUGUCAUCAACUGGAUCACUCCCGACGUCGUCCUCGCCCUCUCCGAGCACUGCAGCAAACGCCUGGGCGACCUCACGCUCGUCUUUGCAACUGGACGCCAGGUCUCGACAGAGAACGAGGAAGGAUUGAUUCCCUGGGGUUCCCUUGCAGAGUCCUGCCGCCGCCUCUUCAUGCUCUCCCUCGCCAACUACAUCUGCCCUGUCCUCCCCGUCGGCCAGGGCCACCCCUUCCACAUCUUUGCGACCCACACAAACCCCCUCAAGGAAUUAGUGCUCAAGCGUUGCAAGAACAUUCCCGCAGAAACUUUCCAGCAGCUCGCUCGCACCUGUGGAAAAGCCCUGACAAAGUUGGUCUUGCUGGAUUCAGACGAAGGACUGGGCGCGACCGAGAUGAUCGAGUUUGCCAGACAUUGCCCCGACUUGCGCCAUCUCAAUGUUUCCUGGAUCGAGUCCGUCAAGCCAAAGAUCAAUGACGAGGCUGUUCUCGAACUGACUGCCAACUGCGUCAGACUGGAAUACAUCUCGCUUCUAGACGCCAACGAGAUCUCGGACGUUUCCUUCCAAACCCUGUCUAAGCUUCGCUACCUCCGCAACCUCAUUAUCCCCCGCGCAGGAACCUCUAUCAGCGGGAUGGCCUAUAAACAGGAGUCCCUUGUUGCGCUGGCCAAGAACUGCAAGCGUCUGGAGCAGCUGCACCUGGUCGCCCCCGGCGCGACGACGAGUCGAUUCUUCGAGGCCCUGCUCUACUGCCCACACCUCCAGGUCCUGGUCAUUGUCGAGCUCUCCAAAGGUCUCUUGAUCGACCAGCGCUUCAAGACUUUGGGCUUGGCCAAGUAUGUCGACCCAGAAGCUCAGGAAGGAUACAAGCUCGUCUGGCACAAGAAGACAUAA